AGCCUACGAGGAAGCCAAAAGCACCCGCCGUCCACAAUAUAAAAUGCAGUCAGUCACAGCGCCGCCCACGCAACCUUAAUCAUCCCUUCAAGGAGGUCACUAAACAAUCGCAGAGCCACAGCUCCACCACCAACUACUAAAAAAGAGAGAAGCACUAGGCAGGGAUGCUGGAGGAAACCGAGUACUAUGACAUUCUCGGUGUCAGUCCGGCAGCUUCGGAGGAGGAGAUCCGCAAAGCUUACUAUCUGAAGGCAAGGCAAGUUCAUCCCGACAAGAAUCCAAAUGAUCCGAAAGCCUCAGAAAAAUUUCAGACACUUGGGGAAGCCUACCAGGUGCUGAGUGAUCCAGUGCAGAGAAAAGCUUAUGAUGGUUUUGGUAAAGAAAGUGUUUCCAGGGAAAAUAUUUUAGAUGGCACUGCCAUAUUUACCCUUCUUUUUGGAAGUGAACUUUUUGAAAAUUACAUAGGACACCUUGCUGUGGCCUCAAUGGCAUCAUCUGAAUUAACCAGUGAAAAUGACAGUCCAGAGAAACUUCAAGAUAGAUUGAAGGCUGUGCAAAGAGAAAGAGAGGAGAAACUCGCUAGGUUCUUGAAAGAUUUUCUCAAUCAAUAUGUUUCUGGUGAUCAAGAAGGAUUCUUCCAUCGUGCAGAGUCUGAAGCGAAGAGGCUUACCAACACAGCCUUUGGAGUAGAGAUUCUACAGACAAUUGGUUAUGUAUAUAGAAGACAGGCUGCCAAAGAGUUAGGCAAGAAGAUCAUGUAUCUCGGCGUGCCAUUUUUGGCUGAAUGGGUGAGACACAAGGGGCAUUUGUGGAAAUCACAAAUAUCGGCAGCUAAAGGUGCUUUUCAGUUGCUGCAAAUUCAAGAAGAUCUAUGCAGGCAACUCAACAAAGAUGGUACAAUUACAGACAAAGAUGUCGAAUAUCAUACGAGGAUAAACAAGGAUCUUAUGGUAGAUUCAUUGUGGAAACUUAAUGUUGUCGAUAUCGAAAUGACACUUGUACAUGUGUGCCAAAUGGUUUUGCAAGAAAUCAAUGUCAAGGAGGAAUCAAAGUCUCGCAUGGUAGCUUUAAAGAUUCUUGGAAAGAUUUUCCAGGGUUGCCCUUUGAAGAAGGAAAAGUAUGCCUUGCCUGCUCCUGCCACAAAAGAAAAAAUAGUUCAAGAUGAUGAUGACACUAAUUCCGACUCAACUAGUUCAGUUGAGGAUUCUCCGAGGCGGCUUCCAUAUCGAACGCCAUUUCUUAUUCAGGGCAUUGGAAGAUUCUUUAGAUGCAUUUGUAACCCUGCAUAUGAUGUGGAUGGUGAUCAUGAGCCACCAAGUGAUGCUGAGGUGAGUUCUAUGCUGAUUCCGACGACUUCAGAGCUCGAAGAAUCGAAGGUGGAUGCGGCGAAGUUCAGUCGUCGUCGUGUAUAGAGAUCAGUAAAAUUUAGCACCAUUUGUGUGCAAAUGCAGUUUAAACACUUAAAUAGUCUUCAUGGUUUGAUUUAA